CUCACUAUCCCUGUGAUCACACUGGUUGUGAUUUAGAGAAUCAGGCACAUGUGCUGGUACACAGCAGGUGCUCAGUAAAUGCUCUUUUUGGAAUUAAAUGGACCUGGGCUCGCCUCCUGGCUCAGGGGAACUUUCCCUCCCUGAGCUUCGGUUUGCCAAUUGCAAAACGAGGCUCGCCCUGGUCCACGUCAUCUUGCACCUCGGCGGGCACCAUAGCAGCACCCGGCAGAGAGGACCACUUCGAGGCCGGGAUGACGAACGCCGGUCCAAGCAUCCUUACGUCGUGGAGUGUCAGCAUCCUCGCUCCCCAGCAGGUCGGCGGGCCAGCCUGCCCCCUUGGAUUCUGACACCCCUCCCCCACCUAUGACCUCAGCCCCGGAGCGGCCAGUGGGAACCCUGGGGAGGGGGGCGCAUCUGUGAGGUCACCCCCAUUCCGCUCCACAGAGACUCCUGUCGGGCAGCGGCCGCUGGCUCAUCUCCGUCGCCGGGGGGGGGUUUCUGAGACCCGAGGAUUUAAGAGCAGUGGUCACAACGGAGCUUCGGAGAAGGACGCGGAGCGUCGGGAACUGAGGACACGCCGAUUGCUGGGCCUGGGAGAUCAGAAGUCCCAAGGGCGCGAGGCGUGUCUUUCAGCAGUUCCGGGAGGCCCGGGAAGCCCACGGCCUGGCUGGGGCACCGUCACCGCCGCCAGGCCACCAUGGUCCUCGGCUGGCUGCCGCUUCUGGUGAUGGUUCUGGCCCCCGGCACAACGGGCGUCAAGGACUGCGUCUUCUGUGAGCUGACCGACUCCACGAGCUGUCCCGGCACCAGCAUGCGCUGUGGCGACGACGAGGACUGCUUCACAGGCCACGGGGUGGCCCCCGGCGUCGGCCCCAUCAUCAAUAAAGGCUGCGUGCACGCCACCUCGUGUGGCCACGAGGAGCCCAUCAACUACAUGGGCGUCACCUACAGCCUCACCACCAACUGCUGCACUGGCCACAUGUGUAACGGGGCCCCUGACCCCACGCGCGGCCGCUUGGCGGGGGCCGCUGCCAGCCUGGCGCUGGGUGUGCUGCUGCUGCUCCGACACGUGCCAUGACCGACCUGGAGGGCAGGGCCCGGGGCUGGUCUCCCGGCUGCGUUGCUCCCCCUGCCCCCCACCUCCAUCCCCUUCCCCCAUUAAAUGGCCAGAGGCCCUGGACACCCUCUCGUGGCCCUGGCCUCAUCCAUUCUAGGGCUGCCCACCGGAGGAGCCCGGUGCUCUGGAAGCAGCCCCAGGCCCUCCAAUUUAGUGAUGGGGGAGCCAUGUCCGACGGGUUGGACUGGACUACUGUAUUUCAUUGGUUCUAAGACGCGUUAUUUUUUCAGAUUGGGAUCAGGAUGUCUCUUUCCUUUGGUGGCACCUUAGAGUCUAUGAAAUAUGGUAAAAAAAAAAAAAACAAAAAAAAACAAAAAAAUCAAAUAAUAAUAAAUGACAGCUGACGUUGAUGCAGCACAUGUUA